AUGAUAAUUGGUAAUUUAGAACUCCAUACAUACCAAGCAACAGUUUCUGUUCAAAGCUGUGUUGAAAACGUUGGAAAUUUUAAGGCAUCAAGUCUUUAUAGGCAAACAGAAGGAUAUCUUUGGGAAAUUUCAACUGUCACUCUUGAAUCAUCUGAUCAAAACUUUAUAAUGAUCGAAAACAUUUGUAUACCAAUUGCAUUCAACAGUUUAAUUGUUAAAGAUUUAGAUUAUUAA